GCGAUGACGAAUUUGUAGGCCUGUGGAAAGGGCAGGAUCCUGGGGAAAAAUGAAAAAGAGGAGGCAGGGGAACUACCGAUAAAGGCGAUUUCAGGAUUUCCAAAAGAAUUCAGAGAUGUCUGGUCCCACCUGGCUGCCGCCGAGGACUCUGGGAAGCCCAGAGAGACCUGCACCCCAAAUUUCACCGUCCGGUGCUGCCUUCUACAGGCCUCCCAAGAAGGUCGCUGUGGAAACGCGGCCCAAGUACGGAACCUAUGCUCAGAAUGGUGCAGGAGGAAGUGGAAUGGCCACCAGGUACAUGGCUACUGGGCCCACUGGUGGGGUCAUGCCACACCAAGAGGAUUCUGGGUCGGCGGUUUUCCGCCCACUAUCUCCUAAGUCAAAUGACCACUAUUACCCACCUUCCCAUGGCCCCAAAGAUGACCGCUGUUCCUGGAAUCCACAUAUGGCCAGCUAUGACCUUCAGAACCGAGGCCAGGAGAAGCCUGGCACGCUCCUCACCAACAUUGACGCAGAGAUAGACUCCCUCACCUGUAUGCUGGCUGACCUGGACAGCCACCCACAGAACUCAAGGUCCCAGAUCUAUGACAAUGUGCCUUACACCAAACCCAUCUCAGGGGAGCGCUAUAAACCGCCAGGCCCACCGUCCCAGGGCAGGUCUUCUACUGGGUACCCCGCUCACCCCCAGACCCAGUACCACCCUGCACCCCAGUACCCCAGCGAGCCCCCAGUCUCUGGCCCCCAGCAGGACUACCCCUAUCCGCCCCCGCACAAACCGUACCCCCAGCCUGUCCCGGCAUCCUACACCACCGCCUCCACUCCCACAGGCCCUCGCUUCAGCGUCCAGGUCAAAACGGCCCAGCCUGUCACCUACUCCCAAACGGGGAGGCAGGCAGAGCAGGCCUACACGCCCCCUCCCCCCCGGCAGCACGCCUCCCGCCCCUCGCCGCAGGACCGCCCACAGCCCUACCCUGAUCCCGCCCCGGGCCAGCAGGCCUGGUACUCUCCCCCUCCCCCCGUCCAAGAGCACGAGGCCGGGGGCGGGUACAAGGGGGCCGCCGCCGCCACUGUCCCAGCUCCCCGUGCUGCCCAGGCACCCCUGCCAAAGCGGAGCCCCGAUAGCCUGCCCACAGCUCCCUCCCACAGCCCUGCUUAUCCGGCCAGCAAGGGGCCGCUGCCAAGGCCAGAGGAUGAGCUGGAGCGGCUGACUAAGAAACUGGUGUAUGACAUGAAUCACCCCCCAGCAGAGGAGUACUUUGGUCGCUGUGCCCGGUGCGGAGACAACGUCCUGGGGGAUGGCAGCGGCUGCAUCGCCAUGGAGCAGGUCUUCCACGUGGACUGCUUCACCUGCAUCACGUGCCACGCCCGUCUGCGCGGCCAGCCCUUCUACGCCCUGGACAAGAAGAGUUACUGCGAGAGCUGCUACAUUAGCACCCUCGAGCGCUGCUCCAAGUGCUCGCACCCCAUCCUGGACCGCAUCCUGCGUGCCAUGGGCAAGGCCUACCACCCGCGCUGCUUCACCUGCGUGGUGUGCGGCUGCUGCCUGGACGGCGUGCCCUUCACCGUGGACGCCACCUCGCAGAUCCACUGCAUCGAGGACUUCCACAGGAAGUUCGCCCCGCGGUGCUCUGUGUGUGGCCAGGCCAUCAUGCCCGAACCCGGGCAGGAGGAGACAGUCAGGAUCGUGGCCCUGGACCGCAGCUUCCACGUCAACUGCUAUGUCUGUGAGGAGUGCGGCCUGCUGUUGUCCUCAGAAGGAGAGGGGCGCGGCUGCUACCCCCUGGACGGCCACAUCUUGUGCAAGAGCUGCAGCGCCCGCCGCAUUCAGGACCUCUCUGCUAAAAUCUCCACCGACUGCUGACGGGACAAGGGGCCAUAGCUCCCCCUGCCUCCCCUGCCCCCGCGCCCCUCCUCC